AACGAAGUUGAGCUUUUUGUCGUAUGACAAAAGUUGUGUCUCUUACGUUGCGCCACUAAAAAGUGAGAGUUCGCCCACGCAACUGCAGUGUGCCAUUAGCUGUGGUGGCACUGUCGUUGCGUGUGUGAUCUCGGCUAUAAGACACGCGGUGUCAAAUGCUGUGACGUCCGCGCCAUGGUCUGUCUUUGUCGCUCCCCCCAGCGAGAUAUCUCCGAUUGAUGGAUCCGACCUGAUCUACAAGGCAGCGCAUUUGGAAGUACAAGUGCAGAGAUCAUUAAUUUGUAGAAUUGAGAAUUGCGUAGAAUAGAAUCUUUGCUGACAUUUGUUAGCGGGAAUAUGAAUCAAUGUUUAUGAAAUAGUCUAGAAGGUAUAAGACUGGUGGGGAAACAGCUGUCGUAAUGGCGGAAGAUGGCGACCAGGUUCCGGCUAUUACUGUUAAGGAGCCUCUGGAUCUAGUUCGCCUAAGCUUGGAUGAAAGAAUUUAUGUCAAGAUGAGGAAUGAACGAGAGCUUAGAGGAAGGCUUCAUGCUUAUGAUCAGCACCUCAAUAUGGUACUGGGUGAAGCGGAAGAAACUGUAACCACUGUGGAAAUUGAUGAAGAAACAUAUGAAGAAGUUUAUAAGACAACAAAGCGGAACAUUCCUAUGUUGUUUGUUAGAGGUGAUGGUGUAAUUCUUGUAUCCCCUUUGAUAAGAUCAGGUUAAACAUUUGCAUUUGCCUUGUAUCGUGUUUGAGCAAAUGAUAUGCCAUAAACCUUAUUGCCAAAAUAAAAAGAUCGUAUUGUUGUUACUGGAGUAAAUUUCUAAUGUAUUUCAGUUCUCUGCAUGGAUAUUCCAAAGACAUAAAUAUGUAUCAUGAAAAUUUCACACUGUCAAACUAUUGUAGUAAUAUUUUCUUUGUUACAGUGUAAUUUGGAAGUAUCUACCUGAAAAAGCAGAUAAUAAAUAAAUUUUGUGUUGUAUGAUUGCACUUUUGCAAAAUA